AUGGCAGACCCAGUCUCGUCGAGGCCGGUAGGAAACGGCGAGCAGCCGACACACACGACAUCCGAUGCUUUAAGAACAUCGUCAACCUCACGAUCGAUAAAUCCAGAGAGCAAUUUGGAAAUGAGCGACCUGGACGCAUCGGGCGUCUCGAAGAAUCCCACGACCGGCGCAGGUCCGCAGAGUGGUCUUUUGAACGACGUUGCCAUCCCUCACUCCUCCCCCAUCGAUUCCACUUUUCCUACGACGACGGCCUCAACCUCGAUACAGCCGGAGACAGCAUCUGCUGUGAAAGACACAAGAGUUGAAAAUAUACCGCCGUCAAGUAGCGUUGGUGCAACAUCUGCUACCACUAAGGCAACACCCGCAGACCUAUCGUCAUCAACUAACGGCGAGAACACAUCAUCAGCCGCAGCUUCAAAUCCUCCCACAAUGUCUCGACUCGAUUCUGUAGCCAUCGGUCCUUCUGUAGAAACCAUGCCCACCGUUCCCACGGCCACUGAGGCUGGCCCAGUGUUGGUCAUAACAUUACUGCUCACUUCUGGGGCUCGCCAUCCAUACAAAAUCGACGAAAAGUAUCUGACGAAACGAAACGUCAAUGUUCCGGGAGUUACGGAGAAUGGAAAGAAGGACCCGUUUAGCAUCAGCGUGUACACGCUGAAGGAAUUAAUAUUGCGCGAAUGGAGGGAAGAAUGGGAAGCACAACCAAGCAGUCCCAGUAGCAUACGGUUGAUUUAUUUUGGGAGAUUACUGGACGAUAAGACUGCAUUGAAAGGUAUGUUGUAUUCUUUAAAUUCAAGACUCCGAGCCUAUGUUCCGGUGGCCAUUGAAUAUCUCUCUGACCAAGAGGACGAGACCUGGGAUUUCAUUGAGCUGGCAUGUUUCCUUGGACUGGAAACGUCUACAGCAGACUUGUGGGCUGUUGGGAGGCCAUCGUUCUUGAUUUCUCGUUUGAAUGGCUUUUUUCAAAUUAUACUAACACUGCCGUCAACAGAAUGCAGACUGAACGCCGACUCCGCCAACGUUGUACAUAUGACCGUCCGGCCGCAAGACAUCGUCGACGAAGAAGACGCCUCGAAAGGCAAAGGCAUGGGUCGAGAUAGAGGGGAUGGCGAAAGCAAUGCCGGCUGUCGUUGCGUCGUUCAAUAA